AGUCGAUUUUGUGAAUUUUGUCAACCCUACUCCUUAGUUAUUCAUCUUCUAUAUACAAUCUCUGGCAUCUCACGUACCAGUUAAGUAGCGAUGUAACUAUAUAGUCAUUUGAUUUUAUGUUCAGUUCUUAAAUGUCUCUUAAAGUAUCAGCAAUGUGAACCUUUCUAAAUAAAAUAUCUCUUUCGUUAUACGUCUUGCAUUGACAUUGAACAACUGUGCAUAAUAAAAUUUGAAUUUUCAUUUUGCUUUCUAUAUGUCCAAGUGAUAUGAGAGUUAAAGGAUUGACUUUUGUCCGAAGAAAUAGUUAUAAUAUUAAUAAAAGAACAAAUAAUGAUCUAGAACAAAACGAUCAUGAAGAAUCCAAUAAUGAAGGAAGCCGAUUUUUACAAUACUGUGCAGCAAUUGCUGCUUGCAUCUCAAUGGCAGCUUGGGGUGCAUAUCAAUCAUGGUCAUCACCUGCUAUACCUCAUUUGACAAGUAAAAACUCCUCAUUUCCGGUAACUGAUGAACAAGCAGCUUGGAUAGUCUCAUUGUUUAAUCUUGGUGAUCUAUUCGGUACCCUUAUAAAUCCUCUAUUCAUCGAUCACAUCGGACGAAAAAAUACCUUACUACUAUUUGCUCUACCAGGCCUAAUUGGUUGGUCUCUCAUUAUUUUUGCACAAAAUUACAUUUAUCUCUAUGUAGCGAGAUUUAUUGCCGGAAUUGGUCAGGGAAGUAAUUUAAAUUCAUUGGUGAUAUAUUUGACAGAAAUUUCCGAAAAGAAUAUCAGAGGAAUUCAAGUGAAUACAAUAAAUAUAGCAUUAUCCGUUGGUAUUUUUAUUUUUACAACUAUUGCUGCCUUUACAUCCUAUGAAUUUUUAAAUAUUUCCUCUGCCUCAUUGUUGAUUCUGUUUUUGUUGAUAUUUCCCUUUUUACCCGAAACACCUUAUUACUAUCUCUUACGCGAAAGGAAUGACGAUGCCAUGAAGUGUUUAAUGAAAUUUCGAGGUAUUACAGAAUCAUCAGAGAAAUUAGAUGCAGAAAUGAGAGAAAUGAAAUUGACAGUCGAUGAAAAUAAAAGAAGCGCAAGCAAUUUAGUAAUUUGGGAAUUGAUCAGCAAAAGUUAUAAUCGAAAGGGAAUGAUUAUUAUGUUUCUAAUGAAAAUGACGCAAUUAUUAUCGGGUAUUGUGGCAAUUUCGUCAUAUGCUCAGGAAAUUUUUAGUUACAGUAGUCCAUCUAUUGAUGGUGGAGUUCAAGUAAUUAUUCUCCAAGGAAUUUCUUUGAUUGCAUCACUAUUUACCAAUGUUCUAAUAGACAGAUACAAUAGAAGAAUCAUUUUUCUAUUGACUGGCAUUUUAUCAUCAAUUUGUCUAGGAAGUGUUGGAAUAUUUUUCUUCAUGAACGAUUACAUCAAGGCAGAUGUUUCUUCUAUUACAUGGCUUCCACUUACGGCGUUGGUUUUAUUUAAUAUUGUAUAUCUUUUUGGAAUUGGUACCAUUCCCUAUAUAGGACAAGGGGAACUUUUUCCAAUGAAUGUAAAAGGACCUGCUGUUGCCUUUGGUAUGGCAAUGGGUUCGAUUUUUGCUUUUGGUACAGCAGUCGGAUAUAAAGCAUUAAAUCAUGCUGCUGGUGUUUAUACGACAUUUUGGUUUUUUGCUGUUGCAACAUUCAUUGGAUCAGUACUCACAUUUUGGAUUACACCGAACACAACUGGAAUGACUUUAGAGGAAAUUCAAGCUUUACAAAAUCCGAAAUUGAGAAUAAAACUUGAAUUACAACGUAAGGAUGAGAAUUCAAGAAGAAACCCCAUAAAAUUGAAGCAGGAUUUUGCUAUGAUUGGAAAAAAAGAACGAGAUAUCCAAACUAAUUUUCAAAUGGAUGUAAACAAUUUUAAAACAGGCAGUCAGGUGAUGCAAUUCAUUGCAGGAAUCAGUGCCUCCCUUUCAAUAGCAGCAGCGGGAGCAAAUUCAGCCUGGACUUCACCAGCGCUUCCUUAUUUAAAGAGUAAUUAUUCAUCAUUUCCCGUCAGUGAUGAACAAGGAGCAUGGAUUAUUUCAAUCUAUAAUCUCAGUGAUAUAAUUGGAUCGUUACUAGUUAUUUUUCUCAUCGAUAGAAUUGGCAGAAAAAUAAGUUUACUUUUCAGUGGCAUACCAUUAUUUCUCUCUUGGCUAUUUAUUAUCUAUGCUAGCAAUUAUGUACAUCUUUUGAUUGCAAAAUUUAUUGCUGGAUUUGGUCAAGGAUGUGCCUAUGCAACAAUAGUGAUCUACUUGUCGGAAAUUGCUGAGAAAAAUGUACGAGGUACUCUGAUAAGUAUUAUGCGGAUAUCGACAGUAAUAGCAAUGUUUCUAUUGACAGCAGUGGGAUCUUUUUGUUCGUACGAAACAUUGACUUUGUCGUGUGCAUCGGUACCACUUAUUUUUCUCAUUACAUUCAUAUUCAUGCCAGAGAGUCCUUAUUAUUUUUUACUUAAAAACAGAGAUCAGGAUGCGCUAAAGUGUUUGAUGAAAUUAAGAAGUUUGACUGAUCAACAAUCAUUGAUUUCCAUCAUUAGAGAAAUGAAAUUAGACAUUGAGAAUGAGAAAAUUUACAAGAUUAAUGCACUCGAAGAACUAUUUUCGAAGAAAUAUAAUCAGAAAGGUCUUUUGAUAGUGGUUUGCAUGAAAGUAACACAAUUGAUGACUGGACAAUCUGCAAUUAUCAAUUACACUGAGGAGAUUUUUACAAUUAGUGGAUCAUCAUUUGAGCCAAAAAUAUCGGUUUUAAUUCUUGCUGGUGUUCGUGUUAUUGCUUCAUUUAUUGUUGGAGGAAUGAUGGAACGUGUGAGUAAAGGAAUGAAUUUCUUCAUCUCUGGCAUAUUAGCUUCAAUAUUUUUAGCAGUAGUUGGUUUAUUUUUUUUUCUAAAAUUAGAAACAAUUGUUGAUCUAACCUCAAUUGUUUGGUUACCACUUGUGGCUCUUAUUCUUUUUGAAUUAGUUUACUAUAUGGGAAUGAAUGUUGUACCAUAUGCAAUACAGGGUGAAAUUUUCCCAAUUAAUGUGAGAGGUAUUGCUGUGUCUGGUGGUAUGAUGUUUGGAUCAAUUUGUUCAUUUGUGACUACAAUUGGAUAUUAUGAAAUCGCUAAUGCUGCGGGCAUUUAUACGGCAUUUUGGUUUUUUGCUUUUAUUGCUUUUCUCGGAUCAAUUAUUUCCUUUCUAAUUAUACCGGCAACAAAUGGUAAAACUCUGGAGGAAAUUCAAGCCAUGAGGAAUCCGACAAUGAAAAUCAAACUCGAUUUACAAAGAUGUAAUAUAAGAUAAAAUG